ACUACGUAUCAACGAGGUGAAAGCAUACUUCUUGUACUAGCUAGAUGCCUUUCAGUACUGCAUAUGUUAUGUAGGUGCAUAUAUAUGGUGCCCUGACAAGCUAAGGUUCUCUGCCUAGUUCGUUACGGCUACACCAACUGUCGUAACGGUCAAAGCACCAACGUACGUCAUCAUCGGCGGCGGCGGCAUGUGCUACGAGUCGGAGUGCUGCGGCGGCCGCGGCUCGUACCGGAACCGCAGGUUCGCGCUCGGCUUCUGGUUCGGCCUCGCCAUCCUCGCCGCCAUCGCCAUCAUCGUCGUGCUCGCCGUCGGCUACGGCCGCGUCUCCAGCCUCAGGGUCGCCGUCGACGACGCCUCCCUGACGCGCUUCGCGGUGACCGCCACCUCCGUCGCCUACAACCUCACCGUCGCGCUCGUCGUCCGCAACCCCAACUGGGCCAUGGGCGUCACCUACCGCUCCCUCGAGGCGUCCUACCUCUUCCACGGCAAGCGCUUCGACGGCGCCGCCGCCGUCGUCUCCUCGGGAUACGAGCAGGCGGCGAGGAAGACGGAGGUGUUCCGCCUCUCGUCCGGCUCCGACGCGGCGCCGGCCGCGCUGGGGAGCGGCGGCGAGAGGGAGUACCGGAAGGAGAGCGACAAUGGCGGGGUGUUCGACGUCGAGGUGGACCUGUCCGGCGAGGUGAAGUACGCGCUGCACAGCGCGUGGUGCAGGGUGGAGGCCAGGUGCCCGCUCAAGCUGCAGCUCGCCGCCGCCGGCAGCGUCGCCUUCCAGGAGACCACCUGCGACAUGCUCCGGUCGUCGCAGAGUGGAUGCUGAUCUGAUCUGAUCAUCAUCCUCCAACAUUUCAGCUCUACUAGCUCAUUUCAUUGCUGCAGAGACCUCUCACUCACUGCUUGUGUUGUGAUUGAUUUUUUUUUCUUCUUUCUUUUUUUUGGGUGAAUACUUGUGUUCAUGAUUAAUUGUGCACGGAUGCGUGCGUCUAUGUACAGUUGCGUUUUACCUUCUCAUUGACUUAUUUUUCUGUUUUAUAAUUUGAAUUAA